CCGCCGGGGGAGAGGCCUCGCCGCAAGGCGGGCCGGGGGCGGCGACGGCGGCCCGCCUGCUGGAGGCGCUGGCCGCGGCCGCGGCGGCGGCGAGGGCACCAGACGACACCGACGACCCCGACGUGGUGGUGGCGGCAGAGACCACGGUGCAUUUUCAGAGGGGUAUGGAGUUGCCCGCGGGUUUUCAGGUAGCUUGGCAUGGGGAUCUGGGCCUGCACUCCAUCGCGGGCACCGAGCAGGCGAUCGCGGUCCGCCGGAUGAAGCGGUCGGCAGUGCCAGGCUACGCCCAGGAGGGGGUAGUCCCCGCCGCCUCCGCCGAGAACGACCGCCGCAUGGCCCUCCUCACGCCCGCACAGGCGGCGGCCGAGGCCGCCCCCGCGACCGCCGGCGCGGAGAAGGAGUCGAUGCACCUGCAGCUUCUGCGGGCGGUGUCCGAGGACAAGGCCAAGGACCUGCUCGGCAGGCUGCUGGCGGGCGAAGAGCAGCCGGCCGUCGAGGCGCCGCCGGCCAGCACGUGGCCGGACUACGCGCCGGCGGCGCCGCCGGGGCUCUGGGAGGGGGCCCGCGCAUCGGCGGGCGAGCUCGCGCGCAGGUGGUCGGCGCAGACGCCCGCCGUGGACCCCUCCGCCUACCUGCAGGCGUUCGCCGCCCGGGAGCGCUACCACCGGGUCUACCUCGAGUCCUUCUGCGCCGCCGCGCAGAGCGAGGUCGCCCAGGCCCUGUCCAAGAUCCAGCUCAUGAGGUGGAGCUCGCUUGUCCGCGCGGCCCUGCGGCGGCCCAGCCUCCGCCUGGGCGGCGGCCGCGCGAGGCCGCCGCCGCACAAGGGGCGCCGACCGACCGCGCCGGCGCCUGGGCCUGCUGGGAGCCAGCCUGCGCCGCGGCGGCAGGGCGCGCCAGCCCACGCGGCGCGCAGGGGCUGCGCGGGGCCGGCGUCGUCGGGUGCGGGGGCCCGGGUGCAGAAGGACCAUCGACCAUCCGCGCAUCCUGCGGCGCCCAAGAGCCGCGCGAAGCCGGCGGCGUCGAGUGCGGGGUCCCCAGCUUGGAACACUCCGUUGCCAACAGGCCUCGUGACCAGAAUUUGAGCGAAUGUCAGGCUCGUGGCCGCGGUGGACGGUAAUUUUCUGCCAGGGCACGGAUUCUGCGCUGAAUGGGCAGAGCGCGGCUAUUGUCGCGUGGUACAGCGUGCCCUCUGGCAUUGCCACUGAUUUCUCUCGCUUCGCGGGGUGCACGUCCAGAGCACGUUAAGACUGGGCGUGGGUGGUUUGCCCUGCUCGUCUGCUGCGGUGCUCUGCCAUGUCGCUCUGCCCGCCCCACUGCGUUGCCAGCGCCACGGGUGCGGAUGCGCCCCCCGUUGCGCUGCAGCGCCAGAACUAGCGUGCAAAUGUCCACGAGGGCAAUGAGGGUUGUGCCGCCGAUUGCCCGUUUCACAGUAGGGCUCCCGUUGCCACACGGGCGAUCGGAGUUCGGCGCUGUGCGCUCCGCUUUUGGCCUGCCUGGCCAGGGCAGCACGUCAGUUCGGCCAGAAAAAAAAGUCCGGCUGGCCGGCCUCGGCCCGCCGAAGCCGGCCACUCUGAAGUCGGCCGGCUGAGCUUGGCCAGUCUGGAAUCGGCCCAAGAGGAAUUCGGCCCGAGGAACUCGGCGCAGCUGGGCUCGGCCAGCUGGAAACUCCAUCGGGCCUUUUGAAAACUCGGCUGGGUAGCUCCGGCGCCUCCGGCUGCAGCGCGAGCGCUGGGUGAACAGGGCCAGAGAAAUCCGGCGCGAGAAAUCCGGCCCGCGGAGAAUGUGGCCAGAUGACUUCGGCUCGGUCGACUUCGGCCAGCUGGAGACUGACUUCGGCCCUUUAAACUUGGCUGGCGCUCCGGCUGCAGCGCGAGCGCAGGAUGAAGUCGGCCAGAUAAGUUCGGGCGGAGAAUUUCGGCCUGGAAAUAGGGUCGGCGGAUCACGUGAUGAGUUGUUGUUCCUGCAGCACGGCUCAUCUGCGGCGAAGAAUCAUAGGACGGGGAGCAGCAAUUGCACAGCGCAUCUUCUGUACCACAGUGCUGUUGUGGAUAUUUUUUGCACCGUUCCCAAGGUCUCACACCAGUGGAUCUGAGGGUUGAGUGCCUUGCGCGCCUUCCAAUGCGAGGCUCCCAGCUUGAAUCACUCACUUCUUUCCCUGUAGAAUUGCUUGCCGACCACUCUCUCUCUGGCAAGCAUUCUAACACUGCCUGCACUCAAUGAAGAGCUCGUAGCCCAUUUGUCGACGAACAGCUUUCACAGGCCGCUGCUAUGACCUUCGAAACUAUGGUCUCGAGGGGGGU